AUGUGGUGGUGGUGUGAGAUGGCCAGUGAGCAGCAAGCCGACAGGAUCAUGUGAGUGCAAAGGUACAUUUCGAGAGGAAAUUGGAAUUGACGUGAUGAGUCCCACAGUAGAUCUUCUCUGGUCAAGUUCGAGGCGCUUGGCGGAUUGUUAUCGGGAACGGAGAGCUCGCGCGGUCGAAUUUUCUCACAAGGCCGAACCGCCAAUGGGAGUGAGUACUACAAACCUCGUUGCCUUUCUUCUGAAGCUUUGAUGACAUAUCUCUUUCUUCAUUCUUCAGUUACCCUGCAGCUUGGGUCAGUAGCGAGUAUUUGUUGCACGUCUAAACUGGAAAUUGACAGACUCUUCGGAUACUCUCCUCGUCCUUCCUCAUCCUUCAUUCAUCAUUUAUCCUGAUGCUUACAGCCUCCUCAGUGAGUAACACUUCCCUAUUCACGUGCAUGUCAAAGUUCGUCCUGACCAGAUAUUGCGUUGACUCUUUGCAGCCAAAUCAUGGCUUGUUUGUCCCCGAACCUUCGGCGUACCAGUAUGCCUGGCGCAGGUGCUGACCCGUUCUUCUUUCCACAGGGGGCGGUAUGCAAAAGUACGGCUACUUCCACGAUGCUCAACGUGUCGCGUACCGAUGGCUUUACAUGUGACUUCAUUUUCACUGUGUGGAUCCUCCCAAAGCUUCCACACUGAUCCGCUUAUGAUUUGGACAGGGUGACGAUUGGUUUUGUCGAGGCGGCUGUAAGGCGCCGCUCCGCUUACGCCUCACGACGACCUCGAGCCAACCUCUGCGGCCUCACGCUUGCCCUCGCGCGCGGCGCCGCCGCGUCUCUUGACCUUAGUCCUUUUAGUAGUCUUUCUUCGCCUGCGAAUUACACCGUUUGA